AUCAACUGAGCUUGUUGGUCAGUGCCGAGCGGCGUGCAGAGAGCGAGCAGCGGCCCGGCGGCUCUCAUCCACACCGACAACAACACACCGACAAACACCCUCCAGAACCGAGACGCAGCAACCCGCCACGAUGCCGUGUCGGAAGGAGAACUACAUCUUUCUGGAGCAGUCCGUCACCGUCGACUCCAAAGAGGUGGACGCGCUGGUGACGAGAAUCGGCGAGGCGCUGCAGCUCCACAACAACAACGGCGGCCACCAAAAGACUGUGUCCGUGUCCAUGUCGUGUCUGCACGGGCUCACCGGCGGCACUACCGGCGGCGUCAAACCGGCGGCCAUCAUCGGCGGCAGCGCGACGGCUCCGGCGCAGAGACGCAACGGCUGCUGCAUGCGGCUCCGGAACCGGGGACACCGGGGGAGCAGCAGGGCAAGCCCGUAUAACAUCCCCGGGUCUAACGGUGAGCAGGACUGGGACCAAAUCAAACCGUGGAACAAAAAGCGGAUCACCGUGGAGGAGGACGAUCCGCACCGGUUGCUCCAAGAGCUAAUAUUAUCGGGGAACCUGAUUAAAGAGGCCGUGAGGAGGCUGCAGUUCUCCGCCGCAGACUGUGGAGAUUUCCCCAAGGCGGCGGACAAUGUGCCGUGCUGAUACCGUGACGGCCGGACCGGGGACCGGGUCUCCCUCCCGGGUGGACACAGACACGGAGACUGUCCACACACACAGGACUGUUUAGAGCUAAUUUUCACAGGACUGGUAGCUACGUUUUUCUAAUUUCAUCGAUUAUCCUGUAACGGUUGUUACGCUACGUUGGCUAGCAGUUAGCCUAGCUAGCUAGCUAGCUAGCUGGCUCGCUAGCCGCCCGGCUAAUGAGCCGUGUUGUUUAUGUUUGAAUGUCGCCGUGUGGGUCAGACGGUCCGGUCCGGGUGCAGUGGAGCUCUGAC